GAGCCAAACCAUUUUUAUACGGUACCCUUACCCAGGUAGUCAGUGAUUGGGAGAUUGAGUGCAGCUGCACAGACUGCUGCUACAGUAACAUAAACCUACCAUGCCUCAAUCCUAUUCUGGACGUCAUGUGUCUGGUGGGAAGAAACUAUCCAGAUGGCUCGUUUGAAAGGCAUGAUGAGGCAACGGCAUUAGCUGUGGGAAGGUCGUCUGUUGAGAUCUAAACCGCGAUAUGCAACUGACCUCUAUGAAUUGAUGUCUUUCUUUAGCUGUGAGCUUUGAGAAUGAACAAAAUCUGAUAUAUUUAUUUGCACCUAGUGAGUAAUAACGGCAUUACUAACGGCUUUAUGUCUAAUAAAGUUGAAACUGAGGGUGUUUCUGCUGUAAACAGGGUCUGACUUAUUUGAACAACCAGUCACCACGCUGGGGUGUGAACUUAUUUGGCUUCAAUUCCUCAGAUUUUAAACACCAACCCUCAUAAGGAAAAUACUGAAAAAAAGGAAAGUCUGAGAUAAAAUUCAGCUUUUUCUCUCACAUUCAUCAUUGGGGAUGGAAUAAUUAUUAAGUCUCUUUCUUUUUAGUUUUCUGCUGCCAUCGUUUAGUGAGAAAUUAGUUUCAAAUCCCUUUUAAUGCCACGUUUGACAUGCUGAUAUGAGACAACGUUCACAGACGCUUCAGGCUGCAGCCACCGUGUUGGAACAUGCCCCCGCCAACGUUCAACGGAAGACAAAAAGAAACUAUCAACCAAGAGAUAAUCACUGUAGCAUGACCCACAGAUUCAUGAUCAGUAAUUCACCGCACAGCGUGGCUGAGGAUCCGGCAUCAACUGGUUUUGAGAAGCACGUGUCCACUGAAAAACAGAACGAGUUCACAUUUUUGGAGUGGACUCUCCCAAUGAGGAUGAGGAGACACACCUGACCGAGCGACACCUUUUUUUUUAACUUUUUAGGAAGAGGCCGUCCCUCAUCCAAGUUUGCUCUGCCUUCUCCUGACUCUGUUAGUGGCUGGCCUGCAUACCGGGAAUGCAGCUGAGAAACCGUCAGACUUGUAGCUACAAGCACACGGCUUAUUGCAUCACAUCCGAGUGAGUUAUCAGAGUGAGUUUGUGGGUGUGUUUGGGACUUUUUUUUGUGAAACUUUAAGUCAGAUCAGGAAGUGUAAUGUUGUGACAGUGCAGGAAGACGGUGGUGCAUAAUGCCACCAUGUCUGACUCUUUAACUGGUAAAAUGAGAGGCGCUUGGGUCAACACCCCUCUGCUGCUGCUGCUGCUGCUGCUGGCCUGUCUGACCAGAACAGCAAUUUCCCAAGAGGAUGACGAUUCUGCUUUAGAAACAUCUUCUUCAGACAACACGGAACAGCCAGACAGUAAUACUGCAGCUCCAGAUUUACAAGAUUACACAGUGGAAAAUACAGAAAUAACAGAAGAAGAUGACCAAGAAAGUGUGGAUCCUACAAAUGCUGAAGGUCCACAAUCAGACAACCCGCAGGGCCGAAAAUAUCUGCCAGAAGGUACAAGUACAUCAUACAGUUCCAUCUCUCCAGGUCCAAGCAGUUUAAGUACAACUGAGGGGAGUGCAGAUGAACCUUCCUCACAAGAAGUAUCGGAUCCUCAAAGUGUGUCCUCAAGUUCUUCACCAGAAGAUUCUGAAGACUCAAACCUUAUGCUCAUUCUGAUUCCUGUGGUGGUCGUGACACUCGUCGGCGUGACAGUUUGUGGGUUUUUCAUCAUCCGCAAGUUGAAGCAGAACACAAUAAGGAGAGAGUCAGUUAAAGAAGACCAAUUUUUAGAGGAAUCCAGCACAGAGAAAGUGCCAAUGCCCAUGUUCGAGGAGGACGUUCCUUCUGUACUGGAGUUAGAAAUGGAUGAUUUAGAUGGCCCAUGGAUGAAAAAAGAUUGUUAAAGGACCCUCUGGUUUGUACGGACCCACGGUGAAAGACAGACGACUGAGGCUUUUACCUUUCACCACAUUGGUAACCAGAGAGGAGCACCUCCUGACUGUCUUCCCUGGAAAGCACCAUGCAGCGGCUCAACAGAUAACUAUGGUUCCUGUUGGUCACUCCUCUUCUUCAAGCCUGGUUUCCAUCAGCUUUUGCACAUAGAAACAUGUAGUAUUAGGUAGCGGUAAAACAUUUUGGAAAUACAUUUGUCACAUUUGAAACCUUGCAAAACAUUUCCUCACAGGAGGGAAUAAUUUCCUUUCUAAUUAAGUAAAAACAAUUAAAAGAAAACAUUAAUAACAAAAAAAAGUGAAAGCAUUAUAUUUUUAUUUAUAAUUUUCUGAUUGCCGUCCUGGUUUUUCUGUUUCACUGUUCUUACUGUUUUAGGUUCAAAUUAUUGUUGAGUCUGUAAAUAUGUGUAGAGCAGCUGCACAGAGAUUUUUAAUUCUGCCUUCAGUCCUUAAAACGAGAAUUUUUGUUUUGGUAAGUUAUUGUUGUUUCUGAACCAUCCUUUUGCUUCUGAUAAGAUUUGUAUUUCACUGUAGAUAACAGAUACUCUGUGACUGAAUACAUAGUAUUUGCAGAGGCUGUUCUUGUGUUUUGUUGUUAGUUUCCCUUCAAAGUGUUUGUUUCAUGCAAAUUUAAUGGUGUUAAAAAGGGUGAUUCUGUUAGUGAUAUUAAAGAAUUUGCAUCAUAAAUGCCCAUCGUGACAAUCAAGACCGAAAACACUUUUUUUUAUAAACUUUUUGUAAACAUUUCAGUUUUACUGCCACAGCUUUGAAUAAAAUUAUUAAAACAAUU